AUGGCAGGCUACAGCAUACUCGAAACAAAAAUCGACAUCCCCCAGGAUGAAAUCGACCACUUUCGUCAGAUGCUGACUAUCACACGCUUUCCCGCGUUGCCCAUAGUCCCUGGCGCGGACGAAGACCGGAGCAUGUAUGGUACCAAGCUCUCGGAUUUCAAAGACGCAAAGGAGCGUCUCCUGAACUUUGACUGGCGCAAAUUUGAGGCUGAGAUGAACAGGAAAGAUGUUUUCUAUGGAAACAUUUCCUCGUCGAAAUUGAAGGUGCACAGUGAGUUCUCCGCUAUAAUGAGAAGCAAACGAGCGGACGCUAUACCUUUGCUCAUCUUGCACGGAUGGCCGUUUUCCUUCUGGGAAUACAAGUACCUCAUAGAACCCUUGACCAAUCCCCCCGCGGAGCAGCCAGCAUUCCACGUCGUUCUACCCUCCCUUCCGGGAAUAUUUUUGUCCAGCAUCAUUCCAAACAAACAGCACAGUACCCCAGAUGUGGCUCGAGUGUUCAACACUCUGAUGGUAGAUGUACUUGGCUACCAGACAUACGGGGCUCACGGAGGGGAUUUCGGCGCGAUCAACCUUCGACAAGUCCAGCUUAACCAUGCUGAUACGUGCAAGCUUAUCCAUUUCACGGGCUUUCCUGCUCCUCGUCCAGCAGGUUUUACCGACAGUGACAUGGCCAACUUGGAUGAAGUCGACAAACGUGUGCUAGGCAAAAGCGUAGCAUUCCAAACAUUCGGACUCGGUUAUUUGCAUAUGCAAACCACAGAGGUUGCCACCCUUGGUUACGCUCUGUACGACGGUGUUGGCAUGAUGAGCUGGGUUGUUAGUAAAUAUCGGUCCCUAAUGUCGAGUUGCAAAGUACCAGAGGAGAAACACGAACAAGUGUGGAUGGACCAGCUUGUCAAUGUCCUCCUUUACCAAUACACACAUUCCUCCCAUACGUCUAUGUUGAUGUAUAAGCAAAGUGGUCGAAAGUAUAUCUUCGAGGCUUUCGGAAAACAGCCGAACAAGCAGGGAUGCCCAAUGGGUAUUUCGUCAUUCGAUGGUGAAAUCAUGCUAGCACCCCAACCGUGGAUUAAGGCUGCUGGGAACUUGAUAUAUUACAAGCAUCAUCCUGAGGGCGGUGGUCACAUUCCUGCGCUCGUACUCCCUGAAGAGUUGAUCGAGGACUUACGAGAAUUCUUCGCAGCAAAUUGGACGGGGUCCAGUCGCCUUGCAAGCCACCUAUGA